GCUUCGGCUUCCCUUUCAUCUCCGACAUAUAUUAUACUACAUACAGGGAUACAGUAUUUGUACAAAGGAACAGGUCCGAACGAAACUUAUAAAAUUAUAAAAUAUAUAUAUAUUAACUGUUUUCGUAUGUAUGUACAGAACAGGUGGCGAGUUCAUCAACCCUAACAUAGAGGACCCAGACGGGCCCGUACACGCAUUCGAUCUGGAAGCGACGGAGGAUGUUCAGUCUUGCCUCUGUGUUCGGUUGAUACGUUCCGUCUACCAUUUAGAUAACGGUCAUCUUUGUCAAGACUGUUUCGAUAACUUAGAUCCAGACGACCAGGACCUAUGUGACGACCCACCCACUCAUUUCAUAUGCGGAGUAUCUGCAAGAACACGAAUAUCAUACUGUCGAAGAUGAAUCGCCUGGUCAUCGCACUUACCCUCAUCAAAAUAGCAUAUGGCCUGGUAGGAUAUGACUGCAAUGGCAACCACCUCAACGUUACCACUAUCUCUCUAAACUCCAUCGGGGACUGCAGCAUACAGCCUGCGAUGACUGAAACCCAAGAUAUUUAUAUUCAACUACUGCAACUCUCAGAAUUCGAAUUUACCAGUGUAAGGCAAUGCAAAGUGCAAAUAACUCGAAUUAUAUAUUACUGUGGCAUGCACUACCACACGUCGGCAGUGCAUAACGGAUUCGCCGAAUACAUCCAUGAAACAACCACCCAACAAUGUACAAGGAUGCACCAAGACGGCACGUUUUCACUCGGACCACAAAACCUUAUAGUAGGCCUAAAAGAUAAUGCAACAGAAACAAGGUCGCUUGUCCUAGCCGGCAAGUUAACAGACGACGGCAGCUGCCAGGGAACACAGUAUGUAGACCCAUACGGGAGCUGGGAAAAGGUCGUCGUACAAGCCACAGUAAGGAUAAGUUUAAAAUCAGCAGUUGUGCCAGUACGGAUCAAGGCGAACAAAAUUCUACUGAAAUCAGGAACGGUAUGUACCCUUAGCGAAGGAAACUGUCCAGACGCUGAAGACGGAUACACUUAUUGGCAACCACAACCACCCUCACCAUGCAAAUUUGAUCAGUACGAUGUGCUAUAUGAAGGAAUUGCUACAAAGAUCCAGGAAAUAAGAACCAACAGGGAAUCAGCACAACCAGUUUACGCACUAACAACGCAGGAAGUAACAUUUGCACUGACUAAAACUGGAGAACAGCCACUGUGUGGAUAUACCCUACUAUCCACUGAACACUCCAAAUUGUUCCUGUUAGAAACGACAAGAGGAAAUACGUUUAUCUCCAAAAGCAAGACAGCAGUCGAAAACUUGGACAUAUUAGCAUACGUCAACUCAAAAUUCAUUUACGUAGAGAAACAUAUUAAACGACAAAUGACAACAUUAUACCAUGAUAUACUGACACAAAGGUGUACCACACAGAAGAAACUAAUAGAGAAUGCUUUAAGCUUAGCAAUCUUACUGCCCGAUGAAUUUGCAUACACCAUAACCAAAACCCCAGGACACAUGGCCUUGAUCGCAGGGGAGGCAGUCCAUAUAGUCAAAUGCAUUCCGGUACAAGUAAAGGUACGACAUACAACAGAAUGCUACUCGGAGCUACCCGUUUGGCAAGGGAAUCGCACCGCAUUUUUAACGCCAAAAACACACAUCCUAACGUAACACGGAAACCACAGAGAAUGUAGCGCGG